AUGGCACUACCUCUCGGCGCCAUUCAAGUGGUCGUGGUCUCGUACACCGCUACAACUCUAUCCAUCGUCGCCCUAGCCCUACGACUAUGGUCCAAGAAUAUCCAGUGCCGUCACAUGGCCUUUCACAAUCACAUGGUUUGCGUCUCCAUGGCCUUCACAGCCGGCGCCCGACGGGGAACUAUUGACAAGAGAGCUAAGCAUGAGAUCAUCAACAGUUAUUCGUGCCAGCACAGCUCCUUUGGGCGGCCGCCAACACCCUGCGUGAAUAUUUCGAUUUUGUCGCUGUACACUUCGCUGUUCCCCAGCUGGCGAUUCAUCCUGCUGUGCUACGGCACCAUGGUGGUGACCUUGGCAUACUUCAUCUCAGUCUUGGUCGAGACCUUCGUGCUCUGCAACCCUGUCCAAUAUAACUGGGACAAGACAAUCGCCGGCACUUGUGAGGGACAGAACAUAGCAUACCUCAUUUCGGGCAUCACAAAUCUAGUUAUUGGCGUCUUUGUCAUCGCCAUGCUCAUGCCCAUGCUCUUUGGGCUCCACAUGUCGCUACGGAAGCGGUUGGGCGUGAUCGAAAUGUUUAGCUUGGGUGGGGUGCACAUCACUGUGAGCCGGGAGUGGGCGGUGCGCACCGUCCUUAAUGAUACCGAGGAAUUCUCGGGGGCAAUACCGUCGGCCUCGUGGUGCCCUUUCUUUCGUCUCUCGGAAAACCCGCGGUAUCGGGUCCUCAUGCUUGAGGCGAGUGGCGUGCACAAUAGCGCCGACCUCCGCGUCCAAAUCCCCGCCCCGUACAAAGCUCUAGUUCACGGACGCCGAUUGGGUUCAAUUCCAUACCAAACAACAGCCCCGACUCAGCUGGAGAAAGGUUGCCACCAACCAGGGCAAGGCGCUGGGUGGGUCGAGUGUCAUCAAUGGGCACGCCUUUGUCCCACCGACAAGGAGCCUAAUGGACGGCCGGGAGACAUUGGACAAUCAGGCCUGACUUGGGACGCGCUACGACCCUACCUCCUAAGUGAUGCACCGCUGCUCGCGAAGCAAGCUAUUUACGUCGUCCAAGUCGUCGUCGGCGUAGGUGAAACCUGCAGGACCACAACUUCAGCAGCAUUGGCUACAGGGCGCGAGAUGGCCUGGAAACUCAUGACGCGCUUGCACGGCAGGAGCCUGACGCCGUCGGCCACAACCUGCAAGAGCACGCGUCGAGCCGGUCCGGGGCGCUCACCUCGGUCCGAGUUUACACCGUUACACGUACGCCUACCUGCCCGUGCCGGCCCGAGGGCCCAACAAGAUGCCGCGCGAGCUUCUGAGGAGCAACCCCCUCCCCGACAAGAGCAGCGCCACUACGACCAGCCAGCUUUGCCGCCCGCGCAUGCGGGACCCUUUACACAACAUCGCCAAGAAGAUGCGGUUGGGCCCCUCAACCCGGUUAGGGGGCCUCCCUCAACAUCACGUCACAGACGCCCCCGCGCGCCCGAUCCCCCCAGCCCCUCCCUCGAGUCACGUUUUCCGUGA